AUGUGGUUGUCAGCCUGUCAGGCUUUGCACACCACCCAGCUGGAAGGACUCGUCUUGUUUAUACCGCCGCCCCGGACAUCCUGGUUCAGUGAAUGUGUGCACACCAAGCUGUUGGGACGUCUUAUUCCUCACAGCCCGCAACGCAACAGAGCGCAGAAAGAUGAGGCACUGAGAGCCGAAAGCAGGCGAGCGGACGAUGAAAGGGAACGUGCAGAAAGAGAAAGGAAAGAUGCUAAUCAAGCAAAGGAAAAAGCAUAUAUAAGUGCAUCAAAAGCUAAAGAUGCCGAAGAACGAGCCCUAAAGGAGAGCCAAAGAGCAAAUGAAGAGAAGGAACAGGCAGAAAGGGAAAGGAAGGCUGCUGCUAAAGCAAAGCUGAACAAGAAAGGAAGGCUGCUGCUCAAGCAAAGGAAGAAGCAGUUACAAACGCAAGAAGAGCUGAACAAGCUAAAGAACAAGCUCAAACAGAAAAACGAAGAGCACUUGAGGCACAUGAAAUUGCAAAGGAGGAGAGAGAGAGCAGAAGAGGCAAGAGCACAUGCAGAAGAUGAAGCCAAGAAAUCAGAGGAGAUGAGACAAAAGAAGGAAUCUGCUGAGCAAGAAAAGCAACGCCUUCUGGAUGAGAAAGAUGAAAAGCAGAGGAGGGAUGAAAGUUUCAUGAAGUUUGCAUGGGGACCAAAGAAGAAAAAUAGAGGGACAUCAAAAGGAGUAGAUCAUGCAUCAAUGGAGGUAAAACGACUCUGCGAGAAAUUUUAUAAACUCAACAAAGACAAGGAAGGGAAGGUUUUAUGUGGGAAGAUCCUGAUAUUUGGUCCAAGUGGUGCUGGAAAGUCCUCCUUCUGCAAUGGCUUGAGAUCAGCACUGAUGGAUUAUGACACACCUGCCAACUACUAUGCUGUCGGUUUGCGCGAUGGGACACUAACAAAAAAUUUUCAGGCUGUACGAUAUGGACAUCACUGGAUUAUUGACAUGCCAGGAAUAUUUGAAUCCAGUCUUUUGAAAACGGAGAAUAUUGAAGCCAUUGCAUCUGGCAGGGUUCGCGUUGAUGCCGAGAUAACAGAAACCCUUGAUGUGAAAGGCAACAAACAAUAGGCACAAAGGGAUGUGUCAUGUGUUGUUCUGGUUCUCCAUCAUGGCAUCACUCUGGGUGAAGAACUGAAGCGCCAGCUAGAUGUUAUCAUACAAUUAGGCGGACGUGGUGCUCUGUCCUACCACCUGGUGCUGACUCACCUGGAUGAGUGUGACCCGCAGUUCAAGGACCCGGAUAACAUCCCCAACCUGUACACAUCCCCUCUAGUACAGGAAGCUGUGAAGAACAUGUCAGAACAAACUGGCAUUCCAGG